AUGACAGAUCUAGCAGAAUCGGAAUUGACAAUUGUUAUUACGGGAUUCGGUCCAUUCCAACUCUUCGACAAUAAUCCCAGUGAGAAAGUGGUACGGCGGAUUGCUAAAGAAGGUAUCGAACAUAUCCAACCAAAUACCAGGAUCAUCGUUAAGGUGAUGCCAGUAACAUAUGAUGAUGUGAAGAAUAUGGUGUCUGAAUUCUGGAAGGAAUAUCAUCCUGAUCUCGUUGUGCAUUUGGGUGUCCAUUCUGUGAAUUAUUCUAUUAGGAUCGAAACAAGAAGCUGUGGUAUUGGUUAUUAUCAAAACGAUAUCAAUUCAAAAACACCUGAAGACCACAAAUGUCCGCUGGUUAAUUUCUCUUCUGGUGAAUUGGAAAAUAUUAUAUACACUGGAUUAGAUUGUAUGAAACUCGUCGAAUCACUGAGAAUGGAAUUUGCUGGAGAACGUGUGCAUUUUGAAUUGUCUGAUAAUCCAGGAAGAUAUCUAUGCGCAUAUGCUUAUUAUAUCUCACUUCAGCAUAACAGGGACUGUUCCCUGUUCGUACAUAUACCAUGUUUCAAUAAAAGCUGUACUCUGGAACUUAUCACGAAAAUUGUCAAACAGAUCGUCCGAUUAUCAUUGCUACAGGUCCUCAGAACGCGCAAAGAAAAAUCCGAAAGCCAUUGUCAGAAUAGGCAACAGCAGUUGCAGUUCAUGACGAAUAAUUUAUAG